AUGCCGAGGAAGUUCCCGCCGCUCGAGUUCCACUGGAUCAGGAAGCAUGGCGAGAUGACUGGCCGAGAAAUCUUCUUCGUGUUUGAGAAGAAUCUCACAAUGUGUGAUGUAAACCAAAGUCCAAGUCGUGUCAUCCUCAACGAGGAGGAGAUGAAUACCAACCUCAUCCCGGCAAUGACAGGGAGGGAGGUGUUGCUGAUGAAUCGUCUGCGUAAGGGCCUCCCAGUAGUCGCCAUUGAUCUGAGAGGUCAGCAGUAUGAAGUGGUCAUCAAAUGGUGCUCCAGCAUCAACGAAUACGUGCUCAAAGGAAACUGGAAUGAUAUUGUGCAGAACUACGUAUUGGAGGAAGGUGAUUCCAUCCGCAUGUAUUUCUUCAGACGUGGAGAUAAUGACUUGUGUUUGAUCAUCGAGGGAGUUAAGAGGGAUGGAGAGUAA